AUGAGAUCAAUAAAUAAUUCCAUUGAUACUCCAUCCAUUAAAGUUAAAUUCAACCAUAAUGAGAAGGUUGAUGAAAUGAGAACGACAAAAACCAUGAAAAAAAUGCACAUUUAGGAUGAAAUAUCGAUAGUUUGGGAAUAUUAUAUGUAUAUGAUCAUGGCUAUUUUGGUUGAAAUUAUAGUACUAAUUUUUAACAACGAGACCAAAAUUCUCAACAUGAUCAGAAUCACAAUCCUUAUACUUAUUUUCAUAAUCUCCCUUGUAUACGCAAGAAAAAUGCAGUAAAAUUUAUUAUUGUGCUUGAUUUGUUUGAUUAAAAUAUUAUAGACCUCCACCAUCGGUCUAAACGACCAAAUCUAUUUGAUUGUCAUGAUACCAUUCGCAUAUGAUUCGAUAACAUACAACAGCAAAGUUGCAAUCAAAUUAAAACUCUUUGAGCAAAUUUUAAUAAAGAUCAUAGGCGUAAGUUUAAUUUGCAUUUUUUAUAAAUUGCCAUUAGCGAUAACUAUAAAUUUGUGUUUGAUGACUUUGGAGAUCUAUAGAAAUCGAAUCAUCUUUAUGAAGAAAGAAGGGACUAAAUCGUUAAUUAAUUACAAAAUCCCUAUUGAAUAUGAAUAAGUAGUGCAGAGUGCAAGAGGAGACAAUACAUAAAGAGAGGACAUCUGGAAGAAACGAUUCUACAUAAUACCAUUAUCGAUCCUAUUAAUUUCCAAGGAGACUUUAAAAAUUACCUAUAAAAAUCAGACCUUAUUCAAAUAGUUUUGUGAUAGUUUUAUCAACGAAGAGGAAUUGGAAGAUCUCAUAUUAAACAAAUUGCACUUCUCAUUGCUAUCAGAUCAUUAGGAAUUCGUAUAGUUGUCAUCUACAAAUAUCAUUAAAUUAAAAUAAAAAAAAUCUAAUUCAUACAAUCUUUUCCCCCAGAAAUCUUGCAUGGCUCAAUUGAAUACGUAUGAUUUGAUGCAAAAGAGAACUCUGAUUGAGAUUCUGACUUCAAUCAAGAGCGAAAUGUACAACAUAUAAAAAGACGUUAUUGAAUUAUUUUGUCAGUAAACAGAAUUGUCUGGAGCCAAAUAUUAACUGGAGGCUAAAAUUAUUUUGUCUGAUAAGGAUGAUGAAUUUUUUGUGACCAUUAAUGAUACGACUAAACAAAACGAAAUUCAGUAAUUCAUAGUCAAGGAAGAAUUUAAAAGCAAAAUAAUAGAAUCAUUUUCACAUGAACUACGAACCCCAUUAAAUAGUGCCAUCAACUUCUUGGAAGCUUCAAUAUCCGAUAGCACCAUAGAUGAUAAAUUGAAACUUCAAACACUUGAACCAGCAGUCAAUUCACUAAAACUGCAAUCCUAUUUGAUCAACGAUAUCAUAGAUUAUUAACAUUACAAUGCAAACCAAUUGGAACUCUACGUAACUGAGUUCUCCUUACAAGAUUUCCUCAGUGAACUGACAUCUCUAUUCAGUAUAUAAUUUGAUAUGAAGAAGAUUGCCUUCAAUUUAGAUUUGCAAAAGAACUCACUUCAAUAUUUGAGUACUGAUCAAACAAGACUCACCUAAAUCUUAGUUAACCUCCUGUAAAACUCACUCAAAUACACUUCCAGCGGAGUAAUUCAACUCAAAUUUAGUAGUGUCUCCAAUGAUAUACUGAAAAUAGUGAUUCAAGAUUCAGGAGUGGGAAUAGCUCCAAAUGUUUUAGAGUAAGUUAGGAUAACUCUGAAGUAUGUUGAAGAAAGCAAAGAUUUUCAAACCUUUAAAGCUUGGAAGGGAUUUGGCUUAUUAAUCGUUGCUUUGUUACAUUAAAGUCUAUCGAAUCAACUGGAUUCAAUAAGGGAAACCAAGAUUAAGUUCUAUAUUUUGAAUUUCAAUUACAGUUCCAAGCAGAAUACAAUCAAACAAUCAUUAAGUGCCAAAAAUACACUUAGACAAUCCUAAAGUGUUAAGAAAUCAUUUUAAUCCAAUUCCCUUAGUUAGAUACUGCCUAUGAAUGGAACAAUCUUUUUAGCCUAAGACAUCGCCUAAGUGAAUUAACAUAUGAAGAGGAGUGAGAAAUAUCUGAAUUCUGGUUCAAACACUUUAGAUGAUUUUUCGGAAUUGUCUAAGAGUCCUAUAAUUUAAUUUUGCUCUCCUGAUGCUAACAUCUCCUAAUUGGUCCAAAUUCAUCCAGUUUUAAUUACAGACAUCAAAUCAAGUUAAAAGAUUUCGAUUAAGAAUAUUAACCCCUAAUAUUAAUCCUAAAAAUCUCAAAAAUCACAAAUGUUCAGUCUAAAUUAAUUUAGAAAGAUGGAGACACAACACAGAGAAGACAUCUUCAAAACUUUGGCGACCAAAUUAAAUAAAUGCAAUUGCAAAAUCAUAUUGUCAGUGGAUGAUGAAAUUUUUAAUUAAAAAUCAGUUGAAAGACUCCUAUAAUAAGUUGGAUUUGAUGUAAAAUUGGCAUUUAGUGGGGAUGAAGCCAUAAAUCUAGUAUUGAAUCUGAAACCUUGUAGUUUAGCGUGUAAUCUUCUAACCAUUAUAUUAAUGGAUUAUUUAAUGCCACGAAAAGAUGGCAUAGCCACAACUAAGGAAUUAAAGAAACUUAUGUUGGAUGGUCUCAUCCCUGAGAUUCCAAUAAUUGGUUUAACUGCCUUUACAGGUCAGUAGGAUAUUAAAAAUUGCUUAAUAGCAGGUAUGAGUGAUGUGCUAUCAAAACCUUUAAAAAUUUAAGAGUUAAAAGACGUCUUAGCAUCUCUUUGA